GGCUCUUUCCGCUUCUACCUGACAGAGAGAAAAAAACACCAGUAGGCGGAAACUCGUCGAGGUUCUGUAUAUAUAGAGGUUCAGAGGGGGAUUUUUUUUGUCCGCGUGAAUGUGUGAAAUCUCUAGAGAGAUUGUGUGAGAGAGAGUGUGUGUGUGAGAGAGAGAGAGCGUGCGCAGAAGGACUGGGGAUGAUGUGUGUUGUGAUGUGGAGUGGAUUUGACCGGCAGUGAUCGUGAGGGGGAACCCCGGCGCGUGCAGUUGUGAUUCAAGCCCAUGCUGCCGCCGCCUGACAAGGAGCUGUCCACCCGCUCUGGUGCUGAACUCAACCGCAAGACGCAGUAACGCGCAGCCGCCGCAGGAGCUCAUCCAAGACCGAGACUCAGCUGUAAAGUAAACAUACAAACUCACUGUUUAUCUACACAUGUGUUUACAUGCAUGUAUACGGAUCCGAAGCCAGUAAAACACACGGCAGGCAGCAUGAUGAGUGGACUUCCCCCCGCCCGCGGCGUCACUCCGGCGGUCUGAGCCAAACGCGGCGCACCGGACCGGAACCCAGCGGAGCCUCCGUAGAUGCGGAGAGCGAGAGAGGCUUUCGAUAAGUGAGUGGCGAUUGACGGUUCGUUGUGCGUGGACUGGAGUGCUGCAAGCUCCCUGUCUGACCUCGCGCUUUUGGGGAACACGCGGACCCGCUUGGUGCGCAGACUGAUUCAGGCAGCACCUUUGGGCGCACUGGACUUCAGUCAGGUGAAUGCUGACGACACCGUUGAAAUGUUACCAAAAUCAAGAAGAGCUCUUACCAUUCAAGAGAUUGCUGCAUUAGCGCGAUCCUCCCUGCAUGGUAUUUCCCAGGUAGUGAAAGACCAUGUGACGAAGCCCACAGCAAUGGCGCAGGGCAGAGUGGCCCACCUGAUUGAGUGGAAAGGCUGGUGUAAGCCUAUAGACACUCCAGCAGCCCUGGAAUCAGACUUCAAUUCUUAUUCUGAUCUUACUGAGGGAGAACAGGAGGCACGAUUUGCUGCUGGUGUGGCAGAGCAGUUCGCUAUCGCAGAGGCGAAGCUGAGAGCCUGGUCCUCUGUGGAUGGUGACGAGUCCAACGAUGACUCAUAUGAUGAAGACUUUCUGCCUGCCAACGAGCCUAGCACACAGAGCACAGAUGUGCCCUCAUAUCCUCCCUACUUGAAGGACCUACUCCACAGCCAUCUUUGCCAACAUCUAGGUCUACGAGGUCCCUGCUGCGAGGGUGGAAGUGGAAGUGGCGAGGGAGGUGGCAGCGGAGAGCCGUCCCCCACGGCAGGCUCCCCAGAUACCCUGUGCUCCAGCCUCUGCAGCCUGGAUGAGCACCACCCACUGUUGCGUGACCUGGGCGGCCACCGUGGCACCCACUCCCACAGCAACGCCGCCGAGCUUGCCGCAAAGAUCCUGUCAGCACUGCAGGGAGGGGAGGAGCUGUUGGCCCGACUGCAGAGAGUGGGGCAGAGUGGGCCCGGUGGGGGGGACUGUGUAUUCCACAGCUUGGGCGGAGGUGGGCGGGGCGUUAGGCCCUGCAGGGGUCAGGACUCUCCUUGCUUCUCCAUGUCUUACUCCGAGACGUACCUGUCACCAGGGGAGGACGACGACACCCCCUGCAAGGACUAUGAGAACACCGUGUGCCAGGUGGCGGCAGAGGCGAAUGGGGUGGAGUUCCCGGCGAACUACGACCUACGCCGGAGGGUCUCUGACGUGGCCUCCUCUGGUGUGGUGUCACUUGAUGAAGAGGAUGAAGAAGAGGAGGAGGAAGAGAGGGCAGGAGAAGCAAACAACCAAUGACUCCUCUCUUUCCACAUCAGCAUUACAUGCCUCCAAACUGUUACGAGCAUUUUCUUUAUUUUGCAUCAACCACCCUCCACGGUGUUUUUUUUUUUUCAAUUUUAACAGUUGUGCAUGUAUCGUUUUUUUCCUCCUCUGUCUAAAAAUGUAAAUCAUCUUCUUUGUCUUUGCCUUACUUGCAGCAGGUUAAAACUCCUCCUCUCCACCUCAUAACUGCUUCGCCCUCCUCCAGUGUAUCGACACUAAUUUCUUUGAAGGCGUCCAAACAAUCUUUUUUAUCAGUGUGAGAACAGGAGAAAUGGAUCAGUGACAACAAUUCCAACGACGUACUUGUGGUCACAGUUUUUUGGCCCCAUCCCUCCUGUGAAAAGUCACUGCAAACAUUGAUGCCGUGUUGCUAGGCAGACAGAACGACCAAGUCCAAAACUCGGACUUUUCUCUUGUGCAUGUGUUUCUGACGAGGUCCCGAGCACGGUUUAUAAUCUCAGCUCUUCUGUGUAACCCACGCCCAUCUCUCCAGCAUCUCCCCCAGUGGGGGGCGGGGGGCAGGUUGACCACUGCAUCCUUGGACGUGCCCUUACCUCCUCCACCUCUCCCUCCCUCCCUCCCUCCUUUGCAAGAGACAAAAUCGCAUCCUUUGGGCAUGGCUUGCUGAGUUUGCCAAAACCGUUUUUUAACCCUGUCACGUCCAAUUAUGAGCAAAUGCUGGAAUGUCUUUACAGUGACAGGGCGUAGUAUGUAUUUUAAGGUAAAGUUGAAAAAAAAGAUUUGUCACAAAGGGAAUGAUGGAAUGAUUUUAUUGUACUAGUUUUUUAUCACCCAAACAUGUUGUUGUUCUAAUCAUCCUGAGCAUCGUUAUGAUGGACAUCUGCCAUAAUGAUCAGCUAUAGCUACUGCAUACGUUUGAGGUUCUGUGGAUUCCUGUGUGGAAGUCACGAGAACUUUGGUUGUCUUUAAAAGAAAAAAAAAAAACAUUACACAACAGCGGCAGCCAACAGUCGACAACAAACACAAAGAGAAUGUUCCUGAAGCAACUCUUCCGCACCACGUGUUUGGCAGGAAGUAGCACAGGUUGAAGCGAGAGAUGAGUUGCAUUGGAGAUUUUCUAUAUUUUUGUAUGCGUUGUCUUGCUUGAUCUCUUUGCCUUUGCGGCGUGCCAGUGUAUGUGGUUUUUUGCACGAAGCUACUGUGGCUGUAGAUUUCUUCUUUUUCUUCGUUAUCACUAUGUGAUAUAGUCUACUGGGAAAAAAAACGAUUAACCAAUGUGAACACAAAAGUUUCUAUGAUUUUAUUUUUUAUUUCAAAAGAGGAUACUGUGAUCUGGUUUGUUAUCGCCAUUUGUCACCAUCCUCAUGAAGAGCUCUUGAUUUUCUUUUGUAAACAUUUUAAAAAAUGCUCUUCUUAAUCUUAUUUCUUUUCUCUCAUACUGACUUGUGAAAAAAAAAAGCUUUGCCUCUUUAUAUACACCGUUCCCUUUUGUUCUAUGAUGUUUCCAAAAGGGCAUGUUAACAUGACACAUGCAGAAACUUCCAUCUCCAUGGUGAUGUGAGGAACCCCACUGAGGUUCCCCCAGAGGGACUGUCAUUCAUACAACUCAGGAAAUCCCAUUGGACCAGAGCAUCAACGCAUAACACCACAUGAUCCUCCAUAUGUGUGCGUGUGUGAUUGGUGCAAAGUUAUUGCCUACAAAUAAUUAAAGCACAGAUGAAUUCCCUGCA